UGCCUAAUCUGCAAGUAAAGCUUCUUCUCUGUAUCACAAGAAAACUCAGAUCGUAGCAAUGUGGAGCGGUGAUGGAACAGUUGAGAUCAAUGGCUUUCGUGUUUACUAUUCAGAGGUAGAGUGUGUGAGGAGAAUCUUUGAAAGACACCCAGAAACGGCAUCAGAUCUUCGUCCAAAGAACCAGUUGGUGAAGACUGCGUACUUGAACAACCUCCUUGACCUCAUAGACAUAGCUUCCUUAGCUCCUCAGGAGCUCACAGAGGAGGAACUAAGAGAUGCUGAGAACACGUUUAUGGAUCUGGAAGGGGUAGGUUUCGAGUUGGAUUGGUUGAAGAAGAAGCUGGAAGAGCUUUGCGUGAAGAAGAAGAAAAUGGAAUCACGUGGUGCUCGCAUGAGGGAACUCGAUAGAAUGAUUGUGGAACAGAGACAAGUGUUGCUUGCGCUUGAAGUCGAACUGAAGAAUGAAGAGAAGGAGGCUGUUUCCGACAGUGCUCGACUUGGUUUCGAGGAUGUUGUUUGAAUGGAACUCACUAAUAAAGAAGCCUAAAAUGUUUUUUUGAGGUUUCCUCUUUACGUGCUUGAGAACAUGUGUCGUUGUCUUAACUACAAGAAUCGUUUGAAUAAAAGAAAUAUAUUUUAUGUUCAAAUAGCAAAUUAAAGAG